AUGCCUUCGCCUGGCUGCUUCCCAUUCAAAGGAAUCUUGCUGAAUGGUGGGAGCACAGAGGGUGCUCGCCUGGCCUCAGUUCAGGAUGACGGCUACGCGCCCAGCUGGGCCGACCUUCCCGCCGACCUCCUGGACCGCAUCCUCCGCAUCGACGCCGAUACUGCCCCGCUCCCCACCCACCUGCGCGGCAGCGGCCGGCCGCCCUCCUCCCUGCAAGCCGCCCACCUCGUCAACCGCCACUGGUGCGCACGCGCCAACGAUGCCGCCCUCUAUCGCCGGCCCUCCAUCCACAUUCCCAGUCCCCUGACCCUGCCCUCCCUGGAGGCCCACAUCGCCCGCCGGUUUGUUAACCUUCACGGCCUGCAGCUCCACCGGCGGGAGGCCAUCGGCGACCGCGCUCUGGCGGCCCUGAGCUGCCUGCCGCUGCUGCGCCACCUGGACGCCAGCCACUGCGCCAGGGUCACGGAUGCCGCCCUGGGGCGCCUGGCGCGCCUCACCCGAUUGUCGGAGCUCGUUCUGGAGGGAUGCCGGCGCGUGGGCGAUCCCGGGGUCGCUCACCUCGCCGAGCUGCCCCUCAGGAGCCUGAGCCUGGCGAGGUGCAGGAUCACCGAUCGCGGCUUGGGGGCGAUCUCAUCGCUGACGGAGCUGGCCCGACUGGACCUACAGGGCUGCGCAGGGAUAGGGGACCAGGGGUUGGGCGCUGUGGCGCCCCUGACUGGUCUCACCCACCUGAGCCUGCGGGGGUGCCACAGGGUGGGCGAUGAAGGCGUCCGCCGCCUGUCGUGCCUCGCCAGUUUGACGCACCUCAACCUGCGCGGUUGCUGCCGGAUAACGGCGACCGGCGUGGCCCGCCUGGCGCAGUGGACGAACCUGACCUCCCUGGACAUGGGUGGAUGCUCCUCCCUCAGGGACGACGCCGUGGCCGCCCUGCAGCCGCUCACCCGCCUCGCGGCGCUGCAGCUGGUCUCAUGCCACGGCGUGACGGAUGCCGGCGUGGAAAUGCUGGCGUCCUUGUCCAGCCUGACGCGCCUCGAGCUGGAGGCAUGCCCGCGGAUCGGGGACGCGGGCCUGAUGGCCCUGGCACCGCUGCUCGAGCUGCGACACCUGAACCUGAGGAUGUGCCCCAGGAUCACCGACGCCGGCGUGGUGGCGCUCACCGGGUUGACCAACCUGACGCGGCUGGACCUGAGGCAGUGCCGGGGGGUGGGGCGCCGGGCGGUGGCGGCCGUGGAGGCGGACGCCGGGGGUCACAGGAGGCGCGUGGAGGUGCUGGUGGGGCGGGGCAGGGCCCGGCUGUCCUGGAUGCGCUCCUGA